AUGGCCAGAGACGACGGCGGCGCGCUGGUGCCGGCGCCCGCUCCGGGCCAGGUCUACCUGCCCGCGUGGCGCCGCGCGUACGACCGCCUCGUGAAGAUGCUGCGCCAGGCGUACGCGCAGGCCGAGGAGCUCUCCGUCGAGCGCGAGCACCUCAUCACCGAGCUCCAGUUCCUGCAGAGCGGCCUCCGCGAGCGCGAGGAGAUAUCCCAGGCCUGCCUCCAGCAGAUCUGUAAGCACGAGGAGCUCCGCAAGAGAGUCGUUGAGGCUGGGAUGGCGGCGCGUCUUGGCGGCAAGGAGCUUCAGAUUCACUGCUACCAGAAGCUCGCAGAACUUGCUGAGGAUGAUUUGGAGGAUUUCAAAAGUUGUAUUUCGAAUUUGGCUGCUGAAAAUGCUGAGCUAAAGCUUAAGACAAUGGAAGAAGAUUACAGCGGGACCAUUAAGAGCAAGAAGAUAGAGGUAAAGCAAGCACAAAAGCUUCCGCAGAAUGUAGAUGAGCUGCAAGUGGCAGCCCAAAAGAAGGAUGAUGAAAUCGUUAGACUACAAGUUGAGGUGACAAAUGCCAAAGAGAGGAUGUCAAUUCUUGAGGAUGAGCUGCAAAAAAUGCGCUCCUUGGUCAAGGAUAAAGAUCUUGAAACUGAUAAAAAUGAAGAUGAUCAAUCAGACACUAGUAAGAUGUCAAAGAAGGAUAUUAAUAAGGGAAAUAGAAAAUCUAAGUCUACAAGAACUUCCCAGGUCACACUUGAUAUAUCAAGAACCUCCCAGGUCACACCUGAUAGGCGAGAAGUGAAGACUACAAGAACAUGUGCGUCUGAGACUAAUCAGAAGCGCAAGCAUAGCUCAUUCAAGUCCUCCCUGUCGUGUGUAAGUAAGAUGUCGAAGAAGGAUAUUAAUAAGGCAAACAGAAAAUCUAAGUCUACAAAAACUUCCCAGGUCACACCUGAUAUAUCAAGAACUCCCUAG